CACAGGAGAAAAAGAGAGAGAGAGGAGAGACCACAAUUAUGGAAACGAUUAAUUUUUCAAAUCCCCAUUUUCUCCCGCCCAUUCCAUGACUGCAAUCCCCACACACCCAAAGAGGACUGAAGAGCGAGACAAGGGGGGUUUUGUGGGGUUUUCCCGUUUCCGCUCCCCUUUUUUCCCUCUUUUUUUGGACAUCCGAGUUCACCGUUUCUCUGGGGCAUUUUCUUCCAAUCCUACCUUUCUCCUGCUCCUUGGCUCCUAGUUCAUACUGGUCCACCUCUGCCCAAUUCGAGUUUCAAAGCAGAACCAGGGUUUUUUAUUCUUUUGGUGGGGUUUUUAACCUCUUUGUCUCCCGUUUCUUCCUUGUUGGUUUCCGUGUCUUCGUUAGUAAUCUUUUUUUUUUAGCUUUAUUUUUUUCCUUCCUUCUAGUUUCGUGAUUCAUUUCUUGAUCCAGCAUUCCUGGUUGAGAAGAAUCCUUGGCACCAUUGAUUUUGUUAUUCUCUUUCUCUCCUCUUUCUUUGUGCAAAUCUAACAGUUGAAGAAACAAAAACAUGGGUUGCUUCUUCGGUUGCUUCCGGGUCAAGGACAAGCCGAGCGUGCAGCUAUUUUCUGGUGCUGUUCCACCGAAGAACAGGGAUCAUUUGGUAUCUCGAAACCAGCUUGCCAAACUUUUGUAUGCUUCUGAACAGCUUGAUGCUGAUGGAUCACCUGUUCCCAGCAAAGGCCAAAAGCCUACCCUUGGCAAUCUUGUCCAUAUUAACUCACCAUCAAGUGGUGUAAGUGGAGAUGAAAAUGAUGAUGAGAGGGAGCUGAAAAAGGAGGUCAAAUUGCUGAAGUCAUGGGGAACAUUGCUAAGUACGCCGGCAGAACUUCAUAAAGCAACCAAGCCAGUCAAGAGGUCAACUAUUGCUGACCCAGAUGCAUCCCCUGAAACCUAUUCCUCUCCUGCCCCUUCUAGUGGGAAAGUUGAACGAGGCAAAAAGGAGGGUCUUGUGUCAACUUCACCAGAAAAUCUACAUGAAGGAUCCAGAAAACCACAAGCUCAUGAAAAUCUAUCUUUUGGGACUCAUGCUUCACAAAGGUCAGAGAGACUGAACAAAGCUGGAGUAGUUGAUUGUCAUGGUGAAGAUCAAAGACUACAACAACCAAAGGAUGUUUUUGUUUCUUCUGAAGUUCUGAUCAAAGAUUCAAAGAACAAUGCAGACACUUUACUUUCAAAUAGUUUCAGGCAUCCAGUGGAAGCUGACCAUGGAAAAAAGUUUGUCCAUUUUGAAUGCACUGCAAAACAAUCUGCUGAUCAAUUGGAAAAAAGGUUUGGCGCUGCUGUUAUUGAAGACAAGGAAAGCCUACGGGGAGCAAAAAUGUCACCUUAUCCAACUCCAUUAAAACUAACACAUGAAAUGCAAACUCCAGGGACUGUCUAUACACAUCCACAAAAUUGUGUAAAUGGCAAGAAUCCUCGGAUCAGAUCACAAUAUGUUCAUCCAGUUGCUAGGCCUGUUGAGAAUUCAACUCAAUGGAAAGCACUUAAGGUUGGUGUAGGAAGUCUUAUGAGUUACCCUGAAGAGUUUUCACCAAAGGAUGGUGUAGCUAGUCCUGAAAGAAUGCCUGGCAGAUACUGGAUCCCUGUUUUGGAAUCUUGUGGAUCAUCUGAUGAUGCUGUUAGUGGUAAGGUUUCAGAUGAAACUGUUUCUGUUGAUUCAAGUUUAACAGAUUGGUUGAAGCCAGCAUAUUCCAAAGACCCAAUAAGUAGAAAUGCUACAACGAAUUCUAAUGGCAGCAAGACUUCUGAUGUAGACCGGCCUAUUAUUGGUUUGGUUGCUGCACAUUGGAAUGAUGAGCAGAUGAGUGUUUCACCAAAAUGCUGGGAUGGCAAUGGAAUACCGAAUUCAACUAGCAAGUACAAGGAGAAAGUAAGCUGGCAUGCGACUCCUUUUGAGGAAAGGCUAGAGAAGGCACUAUCUGAAGAGAAGUUCUAUCCUCAGAGGGGGUAUCUUUUUGACGUCGAUGAGAAUGAAUGUGACACUGCGGCAUCCAGAUGCUAGAAGCAUUGGUCUCCCGUUUUAAUAUUUUGUUUUGCUCCUCUAUGAUUGGAAGUCACAAGUUUGUGGCAUACGAGAGCGGCUAUGGUUGUACAAAUGAACCUUUGACAAUAUAAGGGUGUAAAUGUAUCUGUUACUGCUUAGAGGGCUUUCUGGGAUACCAUAUAAAUAAAUCUUUUUUGUGCAACUCUUA